AUGUCGAACCCUACCAACGACAACACCUCCACCCUCAAGUCAGUUUAUGACUCCGUCACUGGUACGGCUCAGUCCAUGCUGGGAAGCCUUACCGGCUCGACGGGCGACCAGGUCCAGGGCGACGCCAAGCAGGACAAGGCCAAGGCUGAGCACGACGCCUCGCAUGCCACCGUCAAGGGCCCUGGUUUCACGGCCAGCAGCGCUGGUGUUUCAAAGGAUGACCCCGACCGUUUUUCGGGAUCCAUGAACCAGACGAUCGGCUCUGCAAAGGAGACUCUGGGCGGUAUUGUCGGAUCUGAGUCUCUCAAGGCAUCUGGUCGUGAGCAGAACCGUAGUGGUCAGGAGCAGGAGGCCAAGGGCCAACUGAGUGAUCUCGGCGCCGGUGUGUCGGACCGCGUCACGGGCACCCUUGGAUCCGCGGCCGCCGGUCUCAUGGGCGACGAGGCCAAGCAGAACGAGUACCAGGCCCAGCACGACUCGGGCAAGACGGCACAGCGCGGCGUCGAGCACGACCUUCAGAAGAAGGCCGAUGCUGAGACCAAGGCUGCGCAGAAGUAG